UUUAUCCUUGUCCAACACACAUACCCGAUCAAAGUCUACGUCAAUCGACGUAGAUAAAGGAGUAUUUCAGUAAAUUUCUGAGUGUAUAUAAAUUAUUGUUCGUUCGAACGUGGUGCAAACAAGUUGCUGAUAUAAUAUAAUUGAAUACUAGGAUCAAAAAUGGGUCGCGUUUUCGUUGUUGGUGUUGGGAUGACCAAAUUUGAGAAGCCAGGAAAGAGUGAUGGAGACUAUCCAGAUUUUGCAAAGGAAGCUAUAGUUGCAGCACUUCAAGAUGCUGGUGUUGCUAUGAGUGAGGUGGAAAAGGCAGCUUGUGGUUUUGUUUAUGGUGACUCCACUUGUGGCCAGAGAUGUGUUUAUGAAGUGGGCAUGCAUGGAAUACCAAUCAUAAAUGUUAAUAACAAUUGUUCAACUGGUUCAACUGCUCUGUACCUUGCUAAAGAGUUUGUGCAACACGGUGCAAAUGAUUGUGUGCUUGCUCUUGGUUUUGAAAAGAUGGAGAGGGGCAGUUUAUCUGCUAAAUUUUUUGAUAGAACAAAUCCUUUGGACAAGCAUGUAACAGCCUUGGCAGAGGUUGCACCUCUGGAUCAAGCACCAAUGGCUGCACAAUUCUUUGCUAAUGCAGCUGUAGAGCAUAUGAAGAAGUAUGGUACAAAGGCAGAGCAUUUUGCCAAGGUUGCAUACAAGAAUCACAAACAUUCUGUAAAUAAUGAGAGAUCUCAAUUCCGCGAUGAAUAUUCGCUGCAAGAUAUCAUGAAGUCUCAAAGGGUUUCUGGACCUCUGACCAAACUGCAAUGUUGCCCCACAAGUGAUGGCGCCGCUGCAGCAAUCGUAGUUUCAGAGAGGUUUGUGAAGAGUCACGGUUUGGAAGCAAAAGCCGUUGAAAUAUUGGGUAUGGAGAUGGUGACCGAUUUGCCUUCCACAUUCAAUGCACCCAGCGCCAUGACGUUAACCGGUUAUGAUAUGAACAAACUCGCCGCGGAGCGUUUGUUUGCAAAGGCAAAUCGCAGGCCCACAGACGUACAAGUCGUGGAAUUGCAUGAUUGUUUUUCUGCAAAUGAGCUAAUCACCUAUGAAGCUUUAGGACUUUGUCCGCCCGGUAAAGCAGGUGAAAUGAUUGAUCGCGGUGACAAUACCUAUGGUGGGAAGUAUGUUGUAAAUCCAAGUGGGGGUUUGAUAUCCAAAGGUCAUCCGCUCGGAGCAACAGGUUUGGCGCAGUGCGCAGAACUCACCUGGCAGUUGAGAGGAGAGGCUGGAAAGAGACAAGUUCCUGGUGCAAAAUUAGCUCUUCAGCAUAACAUUGGUUUAGGAGGUGCAGUAGUCGUCGUCUUAUACCAGUUAGGUUUUCCGAAAGCAGGUACUAACCCAGCCGCGAUGGAGAAGCCAAGUGCUAUUGGGGACGCCGACUUCAAGGUUACACCAUACCUGAAGGUCCUUCAACAGGCCAUGGAGGAGGAUACUGACAAUCUCAUUGAGAAACAUAGGGCCAUUUACGGUUUCCGCGUUAAAAAACCUAACGGCCAAGAAGGUUACUGGGUAAUAAAUGCUAAAUCAGGCAAAGGUUCAAUUGAAUUCAACUCCAAACUUAAACCAGAUGUUACAUUCAUAAUGAACGACGAAGACAUUAUUGAAUUAAUCUCAGGGAAAUUAAAUCCACAAAAAGCGUUCUUCCAAGGAAAGGUUAAGAUUAUUGGCAACAUGGGUCUGGCCAUGAAAUUGACCGAUUUGCAACGAUCUGCUUCCAAAAAGAUCGAAACUCUUCGAUCAAAGUUGUAAGCAAACCACUGUGUUUAUUUACAUUGUUAUUGAUGUUAUUUCUAUAUUGAAUAUUUUAUACAUAAAUAUAUAUCUCCUUUUUUUAUAACCCAUGAAGUUAGUGGUUGGGGUCUAGUAUAUGCAUUUGAUAUAUUUUAAUGUAUUUUCAAAGGGUUAUUUUUAUAUGACUAUUUUAAUUAAAAACAUACAAAACUGAGCAAACAUCAAUCUAAGUUUUGUUAAUAUUACAGAGUA